AUGACCACAGACCAUCAACUACCGCAAAUAUUCGGCCGAGUCUCGAAGAAGGGUGUCCCUUACGUGGCUGUGAUUACCGUUUGGCUCUUUGGGCCUCUCGCAUACCUGACAUGGGCCACGCUUUGCUUCUGCUAUAUCCGUUUCCAUGCUGGUAUGAAGGCCCAAGGCGUCAGUCGCGACACCGCGCCCUGGAGGUCUGCCUUCCAACCGUUUACCGCAUGGUAUGGCUUCAUUGGCGCUAGCACCAUCACUCUGGUUACCGGCUUCCAUGUUUUCCUCAAGGGUAACUGGUCAGCGUCAGGAUUCGUUGCAGCGUAUAUUGGAAUCCCUAUCUUCAUCGUACCAAUCAUUGGGUGGAAGCUCUGGCACCGAACGAAGAUGGACCUCUGGUCCGGCCGUCUUCAAGAAGGAGAAAUUGAGGAGCCUCCAACUACAGAUCCCAAUCGCCCGGUGUGGAAACGUGGUUUGGAUCGUAUUAUUUGA